AUGCGCCAAAAGCAUCGCCAGGCCCUCUUCGGCAUCAUAGCCUUGAUUGCCACGUUAUGCGUUCUGUACUAUUUUGAGUCUGACUCGGGACAUGAUUACAUCAGCUCUCCACUCACCACACAAUCCGGCACUCUGUAUGGAUCUGGGUUUAGAGGCCAUUCCAAUGCCGAUUACAGCCGUGUCACCAACGCGACUCUUGGGUUCUCGAAUGUGUUUGUGGUGGGACUGCCUGAGCGUAGCGACAAACGAGAUGCCCUGGCACUAACUAGUGCCCUCACUGGUUUCCAGGUUGAAUUUGUGGAUGGCGUCAAGGGCGAGUCUGUCCCAGAUAAGGCAGUGCCUUUCAAAGCCGACAGGCAGUCGUUAUGGGAGAAUAAUCUGGGGAGUUGGAGGGGACAUAUGAACGCCGUACGAAGGAUUGUCGAGGAAAAUCUAGAGUCAGCUCUCAUCAUGGAGGAUGACAUGGAUUGGGAUGUGCGUUUGAGAGCUCAACUCGAGCAAGUCGCCAUGGGCGUGCGCACUAUUUUGCCGUCAGGCUCCAACUCACGCUCACCUUACGGGGAUGAUUGGGAUCUUCUGUGGCUGGGACAUUGUGGCGAAAUUUUCCCAGAGGCUCUUCCAGAGAAUGAAGGGAAGCCACACCAUCCAAAAUACACUAUCAAGAAUGAUAUAACAGUGGCGCCUUUGAACAAGAUAACCGGUCUUGUGGAGUUCAACAAGUAUCCAGAGUUCACUCGAUGGGUACAUAUAAGCGGAGCGCCUAUUUGUACCUUUGCUUACGCCCUGUCGCAGAAGGGGGCCCGGAAGGUGCUCUUCGAUCUGUCAGUCGACCACCUCCUCGGCGCCUACGACAAUGCGCUGGCUGGGUUCUGCCGUGACGGGGCUUCCGGAAACCGGGACGGCUUGCAGGCGAAAUGCGUCAGCGUCACGCCGCCAGUCUUCUUCCACCACAGGGCGAAGGGGCGGAUAACGGGGGACAGCGAUAUUCAAAAGUCCGACAGCGGAGACGUUCGUGAGAAGGGGACGACCGAAAACAUAGUGUGGAGUGCGAGGAAUAAUAUCAAGAAUAUGCUGAUGGGGUUGGAUAUGGAGAAUCAGUUUGAGAGUUAG